AGGUGUCGGCCCGGGGGACGACAGGAGAGAGAAACUCCAGGAAAACGGACGGAGCUCUCGCGCACGAUGUAACGGGAAGGUUACUUCUUUUUUUUGCGUAAAGAGGAAACUUUGGACGGACAUGAGGAUAUUCUGGGAUACUUCACGACUUCAAAUAUAGAAAAGCCGGACUCGUUUGGGGGGAAUAGUUAUUUCAGGAUUUAAAGCCACACGGAAUAAAAACAACCAAACAUUUCGAGCGUCAUCAAACUGAAAUUCCAGUUUGGCGGAUGAAAACGUGUCCACGGAGGAGAGGAGGCGUGCACAGGAGCCCGCCAGUGCUCACCUUUAGUCGACACUUCAGAGCAACUUGUUGUUAAAACUUAAUUUUUUCCACGCGCUUAAAAACAACAACAACAAACAGGUAUCGGCAUGGCAGAGCACGAGAGCCUGGAGUAUGGGAAAGCGGAUUUCGUGCUUUUAGACAACGUGUCUAUGGAGGAGUUCAUGACGAACCUCAAACUCAGGUUCGAGAAGGGGAGGAUCUACACGUACAUCGGAGAGGUGGUCGUGUCCGUCAAUCCUUACCGCGCCAUGAACAUCUACGGCCGCGACGUCGUGGAGCAGUACAAGGGCCGCGAGCUGUACGAGAGGCCGCCCCACCUGUUCGCCAUCGCUGACGCUGCCUACAAAGCCAUGAAGAGGAGGAACAAAGACACGUGUAUCGUCAUCUCAGGGGAAAGUGGAGCAGGAAAGACAGAAGCCAGCAAGUACAUAAUGCAAUACAUCGCUGCUAUCACCAAUCCCAAUCAGAGGGCCGAGGUCGAAAGGGUGAAAAACAUGCUGCUUAAAUCCAACUGUGUCCUGGAGGCCUUCGGGAACGCCAAGACCAACCGCAACGACAACUCCAGUCGCUUCGGCAAGUACAUGGACAUCAACUUUGACUUCAAGGGGGAUCCCAUCGGAGGCCACAUCAGCAACUACCUGCUGGAGAAGUCCAGAGUUAUUUUCCAACAGGAAGGAGAGCGGAGCUUUCAUUCAUACUACCAGCUGCUCAGAGGAGCUCCAGACUCCCUGUUACGCUCUCUUCACAUCCAGAAGGACCCGACUGCUUACAACUACAUCAAAGUCGGAGGCCAAAUCAAGUCUUCCAUCAAUGAUGGCGCUGAUUUCAAAGCCGUAGCCGACGCCAUGAAAGUGAUCGGCUUCACUGGGGACGAGAUUCAGACUGUUUACAAGAUCCUGGCCACCAUCCUACAUCUGGGUAACCUGACCUUCGGGGUGGACGGCGAUGUGACGUUGAUAGAGAGCACAAAGCUGGUGUCCGUGAUCCGGGAGCUGCUGGCCGUCAAAGAGGAGAACAUGGAGAAGGCGCUGCUGUACCGCACCGUGGCCACGGGCCGGGACGUCAUCGAGAAGCAGCACACGGCGCAAGAGGCCGGCUACGGACGGGACGCUCUCGCUAAGGCCAUGUACGAGCGGCUGUUCUGCUGGAUUGUGGGACGAAUCAAUGACAUCAUCGAGGUGAAAAACUAUGACGCCAGAGUCCACGGGAAGAACACCGUCAUCGGGGUGCUGGACAUCUAUGGUUUUGAGAUCUUCCAGAACAACAGCUUUGAGCAGUUCUGCAUCAACUACUGUAAUGAAAAGCUGCAGCAGCUCUUCAUCCAGCUGGUGCUGAAGCAGGAGCAGGAGGAGUAUCAGCGAGAAGGAAUCCCCUGGAAACAUAUCGAUUACUUCAACAACCAGAUCAUCGUGGAUUUGGUGGAGCAGCAGCAUAAGGGCAUCUUCUCCGUGCUGGACGAAGCCUGCAUGAAUGUGGGCAAAGUCACCGAUGAGGUUUUCCUCCAAGGACUCAAUGUGAAGCUGUCCAAACACGUCCACUACACCAGCCGCAAGCUCUCGCCGACGGACAAGAGUUUGGAGUUUGACAGAGACUUUCGCAUCAGACACUACGCAGGAGAUGUGGUGUACUCAGUGGUGGGUUUCAUUGAUAAGAACAAAGACACUCUGUUCCAGGAUUUCAAGAGGCUGCUGUACAACAGUUCUAACCCAGUACUGAAGGCCAUGUGGCCUGAGGGCAAACUGAGCAUCACGGAGGUCACCAAACGGCCUCUAACGGCCGCAACGCUCUUCAAGAACUCCAUGAUCUCGUUAGUGGAGAACUUGGCCUGCAAGGAACCCUACUACGUUCGCUGCAUCAAGCCCAACGACGUCAAGUCCCCUCUGCUGUUCGAGCAGGAGCGCUGCCGCCACCAGGUGGAGUACCUCGGGCUGCUGGAGAACGUCCGAGUGCGGCGUGCUGGCUUCGCCUACAGGCAGACCUACCCUCGCUUCCUCCAGAGAUACAAGAUGAUCUCAGAGUUCACGUGGCCAAACCAUGACUUGCCAUCGGACAAAGAGGCGGUGAAGAGGCUCCUGCAGGGGUGUGGAUUUGACCACGACGUGGCCUACGGCAAAACCAAGGUCUUCAUCCGCACGCCACGCACGCUCUUCAGCCUGGAGGAGCAGCGGGUGGAAAUGGUCCAGAGAAUCGUCCUCUUCCUCCAGAAGGUGUGGAGGGGCACCUUAGCCAGAAUGCGAUAUCGGCGGAUGAGAGCGGCCCUCGUCAUCCUGCAGGCCUACAGACGCUACAAGGUGAGAUCUUACGUCCGCGAGGUCAACCGCCGCUUCAAAAACGUCCGAUCCAUGAAGGAUUACGGCAGGCAUGUGAAGUGGCCGACGCCCCCCAAAGUCCUGCGCAAGUUUGAAGAGGCCCUCAGGAGCAUCUACAACAGGUGGUGGGCAUGGACACUGAUCAAAGGCCUCUCUCCAGAGGAGGCCCUGCAGGUGAGGGCCAAGGUAGCCAGCCUGGAGGCCCUGAAGGGCCAGAGGGCCGACUUGGGGCUGCAGAGAGCCUGGGAAGGAAACUACCUGAAGCGAGACAGCCCUGAUACGGCCUCCUCGUUCUCACUGGUUUCCAGCGAGCUGCAGCGGAAAGACAAAUUCAUGAGGAUUUUGUUCUCCGGCAACGUGCGCAAGAUCAACCGUUUCCACAAGGCGGAGGACCGGGCUGUGCUCAUCACUGACCGCCACCUCUACAAGAUGGACCCCCUGAAGCAGUACAAACCCAUGAAGAGCAUCCCCCUCUACAACGUGACGGGAGUGAGCGUGUCCCCUGGGAAGGACCAGCUGGUUGUGUUCCACACCAAGGACAGCAGGGAUCUCGUGGUGUGCCUGCAGGCCAUGGUGCCCGCCAACGAGAGCCGCAUCGGGGAGCUGGUCGGCACCCUACUUAGCCACUUCAAGAGUGAGAAGAGGAAGCUGCAGGUGAACGUAUCGAGCCCCAUCCGGUGCAGCAUGAGCGGCAGGAAGUGCACGGUCAUCGUGGAGCCCAAGAUCAACCAGUCGCAGCCAGACUUCACCAAGAGCCGGUCUGGUUACAUCCUGGCUGUUCCUGGCAACUAAAACAAGCCAAAUCGAAGAAGAAAAACAGUGACAGCUGAUUUCAAAACCAGGCCGGGAUACCGAUGAUGAUUCACUUCUUAUUUGCAGAUCUGCUGACGAUGUGACGAGUUAGAUAGCAGCUCUGUAGGAGGAUUGUGGUAAUUAAAUCCUCAAAAAUGCAAAGAACAUGCCAAAUUUGACCUGUUUUGUAGAUUUAUAUGCAAUGCUACUAUAAACAGGAAGUGUACAAUAUACGCCUACAUGCAAAACUGUGUUCGCUAAACAGGGUUUUUGUGGGGGUGGGGUGGGGGGGGGCGUUAAAUGCACCAAAGUGGAGUUCUUUCUUUUUAAAAUCCAAAUUUGAAAUGAUUUGCUUUGUGCAAUAUUUACUUUAUGGUAGAUGCAAUAUGGUGGUAGUCAAGGUGACAGGAGAUUAUGCGGCAACUGUUCUCUGAACCGCUGAUGUUGUGUAAUAGGAAACAAAUCCAACGGCUUUGCAGGAAUUUAUGGUGCGUGCAGCUCCCUGUGUAGGAGCCCCAUCUAAAGUGAAGCAUGAAGUAAGAUGAUAUUUAUGUAUGUACGACUGAUACGUAAUCUAAGGAAUAAUAAUGUUAUUGAAGACUGACCUACCUAUGUGGUAAAUGAAAGGAAACGCAGCCUACACUUUUGAGUUUGUUCAGUGUUUACAAUCACAUAUGAGAACAGCGAUAUUGUGAUUCAGUGGUUCAGUCGGUGUCUGAGGCACAAACUCUAAAUCCAUUGAUGUUGAGCGGGAUGUGUUGAGCAUAUCCUGAACAUCGCAACCUGCUAAAUGCAAAGAUCUAUUAAUUUAAACCCUGCUGUGUGUGCGUUUUAUAAUAUUCCAAUACUGCUUGUAUAUUAAAGGGUAGAAUAUAAUUCAUGUGAUGGCACUUAUACUGCAUUUAGUAUAGAAAGAGAACUAAAACUGAAUAACAGAAGGCAAAUAUGAAGACGAUAACCAAAGCGUUUCUUUUUUAGAGACGUAUUUUGAGCUCAUAUUCUCCCUAAAAUAUAAGUUUUUCAGCAAAGUGUUGCUGGCCAGUACUGUAUAAUCCCACUAGAACUCCAGCUCCCCGAACAUCGUCUCGUUUUUGCUGCCUUUGUGUUGAGUGAAUAGCCUAAUGACUUGUAGUGAUCCUUCGGAGUCAGACUUCCAUUUGACAAACAUCCCCUUCAUUAGAGAGAGAGAGGGAGUGUAUGAGUAGGAGUGUGGGAGUGUUGAUUAGCUCUCCUCUUCUCCUCUCCUCGCCCGAAGGAGUGAAGACAAAAGGGGUGAGACGUUUGGGAUCAGACCGCCGUCCUAGUUUACCUCCCCGUUGAAUGAUGGGAAUGACUUUUUCUGGACUGUUAGGAGACUCAUUUUUCAUCGGCUCUCGCUAAACUCCCUUCGCUGUUCUCGAGCCAAAUCCCACCAAUCAAACCAUCGGCGCUCAGAGAUGCUUUGUACUGCUCUCACAAGCUGUCGGAUGUUUUGAGAGUUUUCACUCUUGUUUUUUGUGCCAACACUUAACUAAAGUGUUGGCGCGUUACAAUAUGUUCUUUAUCCAGCAGUUUGCAAAAAGAAAAAUGUGUGGCAGCACAGAAGCUCAUGAGAUAGAGAUGUCUGGCUUCACACUGUGUUUAAUAAUAAUAUCCAUCCACAGAUUGAGAACAUACGGCAUAUUGUUUCUUUUGUCUUUUAAAGACAAAUAACCAACCCAGUUAUUCUCAGGUUAAAAAAACUGUAGUCCACAAACCGACUGCAUCAACUUCUUAUAAACAAGUCUAUGAAAUAAUUACUUUCUCUAUUAAUAAAGAUCAUGUGACGUGGUCGAAAGCUCUAGAACAGCAAAUGAUAAUAGGAUUGUCGUGAUGGCGUGACAGUAAGUGUCACAAAUUCUAAGAAUGAGGAGACGAGCGCUAUAUCGUCUGUGCUAAGACCGAUUAAAGAGUACUUGGCUGAGGAACGACAGACCGGGGUUACGAAUCGGAGCUCCCUCGGUGUUUGGCCUAGUUGAAGAAGCAGACAGUCGGCUUUACUUCAACUUGUUAGCAAUCACUUUAGCCACAGUAGCACGGCGCUCUAAUCGUGUGUAUGUCUGAAGGAGUCCUUUAUCUUAAUUAGUUUGCAUGCCCCCCUUGUCUUUUGAGGAAGCAAAUCUCCAUUCUACCUCGCAGCUCUGUGGUGGCUGACCUUGUCCCGUCGCUUUGAUGCAGAAGAGAGUUGUUUGGGGAAACUGGUGCAUGCAUAGUGUGUGUUAAGGAAGUGACACACACUAUGCAUGCACCAGAGCCUGGCUCUGAGCUAUGGAGCUCAGAGCCAGAGGUGUGUGUGUGUGUGUGUGUGUGUGGAUUAUAACGCUGCAGCUCUCCAUAUCCUUCAGCAUGGUAAUCUCCCACAGGGCUUCUCCUCUCCUCUCUGCUCUGCUAUUCACCGCUCAUCAUUAGGAUGGACUCCGUGUCACUUCUCACUUCAGCGCUUCUCUCUUUCCCUUUCUCGAGGCAAAAAGGGGGGUUGGUGAACAAAGCCUCGCUUGGCCUCCUCCUCUUCUCUACUCCCAUGCGUUCUCUCUCUCCCUCCUCCUUUUCCACUUUCCUUCCUCCUGUCAGAUCACUUCUCUCCUCGCCCUGUUUGUCUCACUGCACCGUCCUGCAGGGCAGUGAAGGUUUUUUUCCAUUUUUUGUUGUUGUUUUCCUGCUUUCCGUCCUGUGCCCAGGAGGCGUGGAAAUACAACCGUAAACUACACCAGCAACAGAACAGCAAGUUGAACAAUAGGAGUAUCACGUAGCAACAAAAAACGAAAAAGAUGAGUAUGUUAACCUCAAUACUGUGGUUCUACAUCUUAAUUGUUCUCAACAAAUUCCACUGAAAAGACCAAAACCAACACUACGCUGUGUCGCAAUUCAGAUACUUACAUUAGUAGAGUUCUAUGUAGUACACUGUGUACACAAAAUACUUGCAUACUGCAUGAAAAUUGACAGGGUAGUGCUGUCUCCAUAAAAAUACAAUUCAGUCCUUUUUUAUGUUUUCUGUUGUGACUGUUGCAGCGGGCUAACUUCCAUAAACUAAACCGAUUUACGGCAAGUAAACUAGCUAGCUAAUUAGUAGCCUUUUUCAGUACCAAAUCAUGACCGAUAAAUUAACCCAAUGAAUAAUACUGAUGUCUUCUAUCCGACAACAGUAAAGAGUAUUUGUUUUGUGCGGUGUUCACCAGUGCAACUGCGACCGCUGCUGCAACCCUCCCUUCCACUACAAAGCCAAGAUGGCCUCCCUUUAGGGUGAUAAGUGUCCAGCGGUCCACACGCAACUUUUUGACCCUUUAUGAGUACACGAUCGGGAUACUCGCAGAGCAAUGCAUUUUUUGCCACACUUGUCAGUAUGAACGCACGUAUGCAUUCAAAAUAGCAAGCGUAAGUACAGAAGUAUGUGAAGUUGAGACUCAGCGUUUGUCUCAAAACUUUCUAGCUUCUCUGAGCUGCCUGUGGCGCUCAGCAGCAAGCUCACUGGUUCCUACUGACGACGUCCAUCUUUAAAAACGGCUCCCUUGGCACUGAGGUAGAACAUGGCUCAGGCUUUGAUACACACAAUGCUUAUGAGAAAUAAUACGUAUGGAAUAUCAUUAGUUUUAUCUUUUAAUUUUGUUUUUUUUGUGCUCAAACCAAAUCAGCGAAGUUUACUUUUCCAUUUUAUUGAUUAUCAGCUUUACAGCAAGUGUAAAAAAUCACAAUCCUUUCCCUAAUUACUCCUUCAUAAAUGGGCAUAAAAGAAAGGAAAAUAGGAAUGUUAAGACUAGGAGUCUUGUGCCAUUGUGUUCUUUCCUUUCCUUUUUUUCCUCUAUUCUUCACAACACUCUUUUAUCAAGCCCGACCAUGUUAGCCAAAGGGUAACAAAUUUUCUUUUGCAUAAUUUAUUCCAUACUCUGUGGCUUGGCGCAACAUCUGUACGUAUACACCAUUAAUUCAGUAUGUGCCUAAUUUUAUACUUGGUUUAUAUUUUGCAUAUUUGUGAUUCCCGUAAAUAUCCUGUAAUAUCCAGACCAAGUCUAAAGGGAACUUCACUGUUGUAACACCUGUUUUUGUGCAGAUGUAUUCUGUAUAAAUGCAGUUCAUGCAUUCCAUGAUGUUCCACAAUGAAACGUAUUUCAUUAAUCAUUUCAUUAAUAAAUGUAUUUGCAUCAACA